CAAAAGAAAAAAAGGGACAAAACCAAAGAAAUUUCUUAUCAAUUAUUCCCCGCCCUCUACCCCUCCGUGAUCUUGUGGGUGAGGAAAUUUUGGGCACCUCUUAUCCUCGCGUUGCCAAUCACCCGGAGUAUCUUUCCGAUUGACAUACAACAGCCAGGCGAUAGAUAUGUCGACCGGCACUCGAUCUCGAAGAAAGUCCAGUGGCCUUGGGGGUGAGCCCCGUGGUGAUACGGGCGCGCCUGCGGUAUCGACGCUGGACACUGCGUCAAUUCCCGCCAUGACGACGGCAUCGCGCGCUUCCUCCUCAAGCAGAGACGCCGCCCACCGGCCACACUCGAAGCGACGAAAAGCCAAGGGUCUGCUGGGACGAUGGAAGACCAUCUCGCUGCGACACACUUGGCUCAAUCCACUCAUUCUCAUCCUCAUCGUGCUGGCUGGCUACGCGGUGAACCCGACGCCUGAAAAUCCUCUCCACUCCGCCAUCUUCCUGUCCUACCCUCUCCCUCGCCCCGACGGAGCCGAUCCGUCAACGCCGAUUCAGUAUGGCAAGGGCGGGCGCGAUUUCGCCUUUGUGGGCUUCUACAUUAUCGUCUUGUCCUUUACCCGCGAAUUCAUCAUGCAGCGUAUCGUCCGACCUUGGGCUAUCUGGUGCGGGAUCACCAAGAAGGGCAAGCAGGCGCGCUUCAUGGAACAGGUCUACACGGCCAUUUAUUUUGGAAUCUUUAGUCCUCUGGGCCUCUACGUGAUGAAGCGCUCCCCCAUUUGGUACUUCAAUACGACUGCCAUGUUUGAGGGCUUCCCUCAUCGCUCGCACGAGCCCGUGUUCAAGGCCUACUAUCUGUUGCAGGCCGCCUAUUGGGCCCAGCAAGCAAUUGUGCUGAUUUUGAUGCUUGAGAAGCCUCGCAAGGACUUUAAGGAACUGGUCGGCCACCACAUUGUCACGGUCGCCUUGAUCUGGCUUAGUUAUCGCUUCCAUUUCACCUACAUGGGACUCGCCGUGUACAUUGCGCACGAUAUUAGUGACUUUUUCAUUGCCACGUCAAAGACGCUCAACUACCUCGAUAGCAUCAUUGUCGGUCCGUACUACAUCUUCUUCCUGUGCGUCUGGGUCUAUCUUCGCCACUACAUCAACCUGCGCAUUCUGUGGGCCGUCUUGACCGAAUUCCGUACCGUCGGCCCGUUUGAAUUGAACUGGGAGACACAGCAGUACAAGUGCUGGAUCAGUCAGAUCAUUACCUUUUCGCUCCUCGCCGCUCUGCAGAUCAUCAACCUCAUUUGGUUCUUCUUGCUCAUUCGAAUCCUGAAGAAUUAUAUUUUCAACAGCGUCAAGGCCGAUGAGCGCAGCGACAAUGAGGAGGACGACGAGGAGACUGUUCCGCUCGAGGAAGAGGAAGACGAGCAAAAGACCAAGCCAGCACCCGAGAUUCACCUCAAUGGGCACGCCGUCAAUGGAAGCAGCAGCAGCAACGGUGCCGCCGCCGCAUCUUCGUACGAAAAAGCCAAUGGCUCGGCUGAUGACCUCACUAAGCGGAGGACGGCCUCAUGAGUUGCGAUCCAUGUAUCGGUUGCGAAUCCGCCUGGACUACGACCACGGCAUACCAAAGUCUGGACUGAAUGCAAUUACCGGACAAACUAUUCAAUUCAAAUUCCCUUCUCUUCAUUAACACGAAAACUUUCGCAAUUCAACCACUCACGAAUCAUAAUAAAUAAUGUAUAAAAUUCGAAUCAGCCUAGCAUAGGAUAGGGUAGGAUAGGAUAGGAUAGGAUAGGAUAGGCCAAGAAAAAACGACAAAUAGGAUCAGAACGCGAAAAUACACUAUUGUAAUAAACGGUAUUAUUUUUAUCAUCUCGCACUUCAUUCGCACAACCAGCAUCUGUUGCGAGAGCCCAAGUCCAAAGGUCAGAGUCCAAGUCUACUUUCGUUUUACUCUUGUUUUCCAGUCUUUAUUUUGAUAGCGGCAGGGCCGUUGUCCUGAUUGAGUCGUGGAGCAUUUACAUUCUAUUUCUAUUGAACUCCUC